CACACUCGAGUACACCGAGCAGCUCCAUCUUGCCCUUUCACCAUCUACACUCUUUCUACGGUCCUAAUCACAAAUGUUCCCCUUGGCAUGGAAUCCUCGCGGCUUGGCCUACAAUGUAUACAGACGCUUGCAGUACCUGCUUCCGUGGAGGGUUGAGAGGGUGGAAGACGAUUGCUUCGUUUGCGAAGUAAGUUCAGUCGAGUAUCCUUGUUCUGAAUUUUUUGAUGACGACGAUGAACGAGGAGCGAGACCUCACGGAAGGUUCAUCACGAAAAGCUGCGCACUCGCAUAUAACCACAACGGCAUGAUGGCAGAGCCUUAUCUCCUCUCGAACUCAAAGCUCUUGGAGCCUCUCCAAGGAUCAUGCGUACCUCGUCUGCUUGGCAUGUGGCUCUCCGAAGACGGGUCCACGGUCACAUACGAUCUAGAGACUUUCGAUUCCCUCCGCCAGCGCCUUCUCCAUAGUCCCCUUACUGAAGCGGAGAAACAAUCCAUCGUGGAAGCCUACGAGCUUAUCCACGCGCGAAACGUCCUUCACGGCGACGUGUCCUUCGAUAAUAUACUGAUUGACGACGAAGGCAAGAUCAUGAUCACCGAGUUCAGCCAAGGAUGUUGCUUAGCGUCCAUAGACGACCCCGACAUCGAUAUGGAAGUCCGCUGCGAGAGAUGCGAGCUCGAAUACGAAAUACGGCAUGUCAAGUUUAUGCUGGAUUACAUGGAUAGCAGACGAUCAGAGUAUGCGCUCACGGACAGCGCGGCUGGUCGCCGCGAUGGUCAUAUCUUUCCCUUCCUGGGUCUAGGCUUCGAUGUCGAGAAACCGUUCUACAUUCCUCGACGUACGCUAGAACAGUGGCAACUGGAGGCCUCCAUGGCCAUCGCACCCUGGUCCUUUUCAUCAGAGCUUCCUAUGCAUCUCUUUGCUCCGACACGGCUUACAAUAAACACAACUUCUCAGAACGAGAGCUCCGACAGCCUAUCGUCCGCCAAUCUUUCACCACCCAUCUCCUCUUCCUCGCUCUCCCUCUCAUCAGACUCAUACUAUCACGAGUCCACCUCAUCCCUCCCACUCCGUCGUAAAAGGUCAUUCAGUGACACCUUCAGCGACACCGUUUGCGGCGUGGGCACGACAAGGGCUUCUUCAUCGUAUAAACGUACACGAGACGGCCGUCGUCGCGCGAUCAGUAUGGAUGACGCUUUGUGGCCCCCAACCCGCGCUCAAAUCUCGCCGCCGCCAGAACCACCAUAUAUGCCGUUCGCAUCGUAUUCUUCUUCCCUCUCCCCCUCCCCUUCCUCCCCUUAUGGAUUCUCGAACACCCGACCCAAAUCAUCCACAUUCACGGCAUACUCGAGCGCUCAUUCAUAUUCACCACCGCCAAGUCCCGUCCUCCUUCUAUCCGAUUUCAUGCAACUCGACCCGGACGACGUGCCUUUCGCGAAAUCAGGUCCUGGGACUAUCGGGAUGUGGUUUCCGCCCUCGCCCUCGCCCUCCCCUUCCGUCGCUGUGGACAUGGAUGGAGACACUAAUAUUGCGAGCGAUGAGUCGGAGUGUUUCUCCAGCGACGAGGGCGAGAGCGAAGACGAGGUGGAGAUGGAGAUGGAGGUUGGGUACGAGAGUGGAAGGGGCGGCAUCAGUUUCAUGGAGAAUUUGGGCACGACCACACACCGUCCUAUCAAGUGGGACUCUGAGUGGGACGCUGAGGACGAGACUGCUGUCCAGCCUCAGCACACUACAGACGAAGACUCAGGCUUCGACCCGUCGAUGCACACCAAGAUUUCGCCCUCAUCGCCACCAGCUACGACAUCCGCUUCCUCGAUACCGUACGAAAUCAUCCAUGGUCCCCAGACGGCGACUUGGUAUCGCGUUCCGGAGGAUAGUGAUAGCAAUACUCCGGGCUACGUUAGUUUCGAGCCUAUGAGUGUUACUCUUAUCGACGUUUCGUCGGAUGAGGGGCGACAGCGUCAUACCGCUCUACCGAGGCCUGAAUGUGCGUCUUUGUCGGUUCGCGAUCGGAGAAUGGAGUCGGUGACUGGGAAGGAGAAGGCGUGGAGGGGGAUGGGGCGAGAUGGUGUAGGUGAAGAUGUUUAAUGGUGGCAAUCUGUCUCUGUAAAAGUUACUUACCAAGACGUCCGAAGAGUAUUUAUCGC